AUGGUUUCUAAAUCAUCUGGAUUUUUACCGAACUCUUCAGACUUGCGAUUGAGAGAAAGAAAAGCACAAUUCGAUGGUACAGAGGUUUUAGAGGACUUCUUAAGAGAUAAUGAACCUGUAGAGGAUAAGCUGGUGAAGCCAUUGAAAUCUUCAAUAUUUUCCAACAGAAACCACCGAUUUCACACAUAUGUUUGCUUAUUACUAACACUGGUAUCUUUCGUGCUUCGGUUCUACAAGAUUGACAGAAGCAACAUCGUUGUCUGGGACGAGGCUCAUUUUGGGAAAUUUGGAUCAUAUUAUUUAAAGCAUGAGUUCUACCAUGAUGUGCAUCCACCAUUGGGCAAGAUGUUGAUAGGUUUAGGUGAAUACCUCGCGGGAUUUGAUGGUAACUUUGACUUUAGUUCCAACUCUAGUUAUCCCGAUGAGGUAAAUUUCAAGAUUAUGAGGCAAUUCAAUGCUAUAUUUAGCUCACUGUGCACACCCUUAGCAUUCUAUGCAGCCAGGAAUCUUAAUUUUAGUAUGCCAACCGUUUAUCUCGUAGCCUUAAUGGUUUGUUUCGAACACUCAUAUAUUGUUUUGGGUAAAUUCGUGCUAUUGGAUUCCAUGUUACUGUUCUUUACUGUUCUUACCUUCUAUUGUUUAUCGCAGCUUUAUAGGUUAAGAGAGUGUCAACUUACUGUGAAAUGGCUGGCUUGGAUUCUGGCCACUGGUUUCUCCAUUGGAUGCGUAUGUUCAGUCAAGUGGGUUGGUCUUCUAAUCACAGCUCUAGUGGGCAUUUACACGGUGUCAGAAUUAUACUGUCUACAUUGCGAUAGAUCAUUAUCCAAGACUAAAUACCUUGGGCAUUGGAUAGUGAGAAUUUCGGCCUUAAUCGUCUUUCCUUUGAUUCUUUACAUGGUUUUCUUCAAAAUUCAUUUUACUCUGCUUUAUAAAACUGGCACUGGAGAUUCAUCUACGCAUAGUCUGUUCCAAGCUAAUCUUGAAGGAGCUCAAAUAAAGCCGAGCCCUAGAGAUAUAGCAUUUGGAUCGUGUAUCUCUCUAAGAUCUCAUGGUUUAAGUCCUGGGUUAUUACAUUCACAUCCACAAACUUAUCCUGAUGGAUCCAAUCAAAGACAGGUGACGGGUUACAGCUAUCGUGAUGGAAAUAACAAUUGGAUUGUCAAAUAUUCUAGAUCGUCGGGAAAGGCGAGCGCAGAAGAAAGGGUUUACAGCGAUAACAUUUUAUUCCUUAAAGAUGGUGACUUAUUGCGAUUGGUUCAUGAAAAAACCAAAAACAAUUUGCACACGCAUCAGAUCCCUUCUCAUGUUUCUAAAGGGCAUUAUGAAGUAUCAGGCUAUGGUAAUGAUGCUGUAGGCGAUCUUAAGGACGACUGGAUUAUUGAGGUUGUCGAACAGUUACCAACUGGAAAUAACACAAUGGAAAAUAAAGCCCUGAUUCAUCCCCUCACCACUAGUUUUAGAUUGAGAAACAAGGAGCUCGGCUGUUACUUGGCAGCCACUGGUCUAUCAUAUCCUGGUUGGGGUUACAAUCAAGCAGAAAUCGUUUGCAAAUAUCCAUGGAACCAGCGUGACAAAUCCACCUGGUGGAAUGUCGAGGAUCACAUAAAUUCUAAUCUGCACAUUGACCAAACUUUCACUCCACCUCCAACAAAGUUUUGGACCGACUUUGUGGUUAUAAACUUUGCUAUGGCAGCAUCAAAUAAUGCCUUGAUACCAGAUCUGGAUAAAUACGACAGAAUUGCAAGUGAACCAUGGGAAUGGCCUAUUCUCUACAAAGGGUUACGUAUGUGCAAUUGGAAUGAUAAAACCGUGAAGUAUUACCUUCUCGGUUCACCUUUCAAUACUUGGCUGUCUACGGCUGCUUUGCCUAUAUUGUUAAUCUUAGUCUCUAUGGAACUCUUUAGGUAUCAACGCCAAUCACUCCAGUUAAACGAAAAAAAAGCAUGGAAUUUAUUUGCUUGUGCAGGAUUAUCAUUCAUUGGUUGGCUACUUCAUUACGCUCCAUUUUUUAUCAUGGGAAGAGUAACAUACAUACAUCAUUAUGUCCCUGCCUUGUUUUUCGCAAUUAUGACUUUCGCCUAUGUUGUCGACUUCGCACUGGCUAAUUCGAACAGGUACCUAAAAGUAGUUGCAUAUUCGUCUCUGUACGCGGGGUGUACCUUUACUUAUUGGUAUUUUGCUCCAUUCUGUCAGGGUAUGCCGGAGCCAAAUUUAACAUAUGUUAAUCUUGAAUUACUUCCUAGUUGGGAUGUAACGAACGCGCAGUACAAUUAA